AUGAGCCAAGAUCCUCCCUUUCCCGUCGGUCCUCAUUCCCAUCGAACCCUAACCAGCUUCUACCGAACUUGCCCUUCCAUCCUAUCCUGCCCCCCGUCCGUCCCCCCAGCUGCUGCGCGCCGUUUCGCGCCACACCCGGCGCCAGGCGGACGCCGUCCUGCCCGCCCUCAUCUCCUUCCCCCGUCCCUCCCCCACUCCCCAUUACUCCCCAUUACUCCCCCACCCCCCCUCUCCACAGCUGCUACGCGCCUUGUUGCGCCACCCAGGCGCCAGGCGGACACGUCCUUCCCGCCCUCACCUCCUUCCCCUCUCCCUCCCCCCCCAACCCCUCUUCCCCCAUUCCCCCCCCCAGCUGUUGCGCGCCUGCUCGCGCCACCCCCGGCGCCAGGCGGACGCCGUCCUGCCCGCCCUCUCGCGCCUGCUGGACCUCCAAGCGCGCCUGCGCGCCCUCAUCUCCUCCCCUCCGUGUCUCCCCCCACCCCUACACUCCCCGCCCCUCCCCUCCCCCCCCAGCUGCUGCGCGCCUGCUCGCGCCACCCCAGGCGUCAGGCGGACGCCGUCCUGCCCGCCCUCUCGCGCCUGCUGGACCUCCAAGCGCGCCUGCGCGCCCUCAUCUCCUCCCCUCCGUGUCUCCCCCCACCCCUACACUCCCCGCCCCCCCCCCCCCCCCCCCCCCCCCAGCUGCUGCGCGCCUGCUCGCGCCACCCCAGGCGUCAGGCGGACGCCGUCCUGCCCGCCCUCUCGCGCCUGCUGGACCUCCAAGCGCGCCUCACAGCCGCGCGCGUCCCCCUCGGGGGAGCCCCGCGCGCAGAAGGGGGAACUCAGGGGACUGAGAGAGCCGAGGGAACUGAGGGCGCGGAAGAGAGUGCAGGAGGGGGAGGGGGGAGGGGUGAGGCAGGUAGGGAAGGAGGGGGAGGUGCAGCAGCAGGGGAAACGUCACUAGCGGCAGCACCAGCAGCACCGCUAGCAGCAGCAGCACCAGCAGCACCGCUCGCAGCAUCAGCAGCAUCAGCAGCAUCAGCAGCAGCAGCGCCACCACCAGAGUUGUCGCCGUGGCAGCAGUUGGAAGAGCAACUUUCUAUGGACGAACUGGAUAAAAGCCUAGCAAGUCAAACCGGUCAAACAAGUCAAACCGGUCAAACCGAGUCUGCCAGUCAAGCAAGUCAAGCGAGUCAAACCCCAGAAGGGUCCCUACUCGAGAUUCAGAGCCUCCUGUCCCGCAUAGACGCGCCACUCUCUCACGCCCUAGACCUGCUCGAGCAAGAAUUCACAACCGUUCUAUCCAAAUCCAACCGGAAACUCAACCUCCACAUUCUUAAAGCCGCACUGCACAUGCAGAAUCUGGCGAUUCUCCCCAGCCCGAGAACCCGAGGAGGAGGGGCGGGAGCAGGCGCAGGUGGGAGCGGGGCAGGUUUCGGGGCAGGGGCAGGGGGGAACCGCCGGGGCGGGUCGUUUUCGGUUACAGGGAAUUUGUUUUCCAAGGGGUUGGGGGAGGAGGAAGGGAGUGGGGGGAAGUUCACCCCGUCUGGAGCUCGCCCUCCCCCCUCGCCUUCCUCCCCUGCUAACAAGCAGCAUGGGAGAGCGGCGAGCCAGUUUCUGUUUGACGAUCCGAUGCUGAUCGAGUACAACGCGUCGCUGUCCGCCCGAGCCUCCUCGCCGCUAGGCUCGGGCCGAGCCUCCGGGGCAGGCUCGGACGGUGGGGUUGCGGGCGGUGGGGUGGGGGGGAGUGCGGUUGUGAGCGGUGGGGCUGGUCCGUCUCUGUUGUCUCCCAUGGGUGGCGGGACUGGCUCGUCUUUGUUGUCUCCUGUGGGUUGUUCUACCCCUCAAUCCACGCUCUCUGAUGCUGUGCUGACGGCUAUGGCUAGCAGCAGCACGAACACGAGCAGCAGCAGCAUUGCUGCCGUGAGUGGGCCGUUGGAGAGCUUGUUUAUUGGGUCGGAUGUGGCAGGAGCGGUGGGGGCAGGUGCUGCUGCUGCUGGUGGCGGCAGUGGUGGUGGGGAUGGCGGCAGCGGCAGCAGUGGCGGUGUUGGUGGUGGUGGGAGUGGUGGUGGUGGUAACGGUGGCAGUGAGGAGACGCAGGCCAUGGCGUGGGCGGAUCUAGAGCCGCUGAUCAAGCUGUGGAUCAGAGACAUCAGCAUCCUGGUGAGUGGGCGGCACAUGGGAGGGCACAUGGGAGGGCACAUGGUGGGGCACAUGGGAGGGCACAUGCUGCGUGUUCUCUUCUUCAGUGAGCAUCAGCUCAUCAAGGGCGUUCUUGACGCCUCUCCACCCACCAGCCAUAGCAGCGGCAGCAGCGGCAAUAGCGGCGGCACCGGCACUGCUGUUACCACCGUCACUGCUUUAGCUUCUGCACCCGCCAGUGCUUCGAUCUCAGCCGUUCCUGACUCUGGAUCGGACCUCCUCUCGCAUCCUGACCCCACGUGUGAAACACCUGAAGAAACUCCUGAACCUGAUGCUGGUGCGCCGAAGGCCAAUGACAGCACGGCCCACAGCUUGCCCAACAGCACGUCCCAGAGCACACCCGAGAACCCACCUGAAGGAGCACCUGAGAGUCCACCUGAGAAUCCACCUGGGAGUCCACCUGAGAAUACACCUGAGAGCAGCAGCAAGCGUACAGAGCAAAUUGCCCGGAAACCUGGGGAGCACUUGAUGAGUCCGGACAGCGUGUUUCGGCAUCUAGUGGGGUCGGUGGGCGGCGUGAAAUCGACCCUGUGUGCACUGUGCGCGAAUGCUGCAGCCAUUGCGGCCUCUAAGAGCUCCCCUGAGAAGAUCUUCGCCCUGCUGGAGGCAUACCGCACCGUGGCUGACCUCUCCCCUCAGGCCCUUCCCGUCUUCCUCGCUCUCCCCAAGAGCGAUUCAGACGAUCCCUUCAAGCUCUGGCAGCGCCUCUCCCAGCUCUUUGCGGGAGCCAUCUUUGCCACUCUCGAUGAUCUCAACCGCAUUCUCAGGGACGUGGCAGCGUUCGUGCCGGCCAACCAGGCCAGUGGCAGCUCUCCCAUGAAGAAGAAGCUGCUCAGGGACGUAGGGGCGUUUGCGCCGGAGAAUCAGGCCAGUGGCAGCUCUCCCAUGAAGAAAAAACUGCUCAGGGACAUGGCAGUGUUUGUGCCAGCCAACCAGGCGUCUGACAGUUCACACAUGAAGAAAAAACUGCUCAGAACCUCAGGGGCGUGGGUGGGGGCGUUUGUGCCGUCCAACCAGGCCAGCUCUCCCAUGAAGAAGAAGCUGCUCAGGGAGGGCAGGGGAGGGGGAGGGGGAGGCGGAGGGGGGAAGGGGGGGGGAAGCAGCGGGGGGAGCAAGUCCGGGGGGAGUAAACUGGGAGGGGGAGGGGUGGGGGGAGGGCAUAGUGGGAACGGGAGUCACAGCAGUAGAGGCAGUCAGGGAAGCCAGGGCAGUCAAGCAAGUCAAGGAAGUCAAAGCAGUGGUCAAACGAGUCAAGGCGGGAAUCAGGGGGGGAACCAGUUGCAGCAUCCGAGUGCGGGCGGCAGGCGCCAGCUGGCGGCGGAGAUGGAGGGGUUGCUGGAUUCGUUGUUAUUCAACAUGGAGGCGCGAGGGAAAACGACUCAGGACCCUGCGAUGGGGGCGCUGUUUGUGUUGAACAACGCGCACUACGUGGCAGGCAGCAUCAGCCAGCUGGCGGCGGAGAUGGAGGGGUUGCUGGAUUCGUUGUUAUUCAACAUGGAGGCAAGAGGGAAAACGAUUCAGGACCCUUCCAUGGGGGCGCUGUUUGUGAUGAACAACGCGCACUAUGUGGCUGGCAGCAUUGUUGCAACGAGGAUGAAGGACGCACUGAAGCAGCAGGACCGCAUCGCAGCGUAUGAGGAAGCCUUCGAUAAGGCAGGCCUUGCAAAGCUCAUGGCAUGCUUGGCGCCUGAGGAGCUGUCUGCCAAGCUCAGCGCGGAUGCUGUCAAAACCAGGCUCAAAAAGUUUAAUUCAGCGUUUGAGGAGGUGGCGUUGGAGCAGAACAGGUGGAUCGUGAUCAGCGACUCACAGAGGAAGAAGACGAGAAUCCGCUUCGCCCGCACGCUCAAGAACGCUUAUCUGGAGUUCCUCACACCGCACAGGGAGAUCAUAUCGGACAUCACGACCUAUCAGUGGUCGCCAGAUGGCAUCGAAAGAUUGAUGCUCAAGUCCUUCUUCCUCGGCCGCAGCCUCCCACUCAUAAUGACCGCCUAA